AUAUUUUGUCAACCUUGUUACCUUCUAAAAUAUUGUUUUUUUGUCUGCCAAAGCUUAUAUCGCUGCCGUUACUGAGAUGUCUGUAUUUGUAAGAUUAAUCAGAGAAAUUUUGAAAAAACAGACAGGGAAGUGCCAUGUUGAAAGCAUUGAUUAAUGAUAUAAUUUCUAGCUGUAAAUGAAUAAUUAAUGUUUGAUGGAAUUUGCCAGUAGUUUGGAAUUUAUGCAUUGAUGAGUCGUACAGUCAGCGAUAUUAAAAUGAAACUCAAGCGAAGAAACUCGCAAAUGGAGGGCACUUUAUUAGACCUGUCCGACAGAGGUCUUACCAAGCUUGAGAUCCCUGUUGGUGAGAGCCCCACAGCCCUUAUAGCUGACAGGAACAGUAUUACGCGUAUAGAGAAUCUAGAGCAGUGUCCUCAACUUAAACAAUUAUCUUUGAAGAGUAAUCGACUUGUGCACUUAAAUGGUGUGAGUCGUCUCCGACAUCUAACAGCGCUAAACUUACCACAGAACAGUAUCAUUGCAAUAGAAGGGGUACGGGAAUUGGCAGAGUUGACAUGGCUGAAUCUAUCAGGAAACAGCAUAAAGGCAAUGGAAAACCUCAGUAAUAACUUCAACUUAAAACAUUUAGACCUGUCGGAUAACAGUAUAUCACAGCUGGGAGACAUUCAUCAUUUAAACAAUCUCAAGACGCUGUUAUUGCACGGAAAUAUUAUCACGACAUUGAAAACGGCGCCACAUUUCUUAUCCAAAUCUGUGAGCAUUCUAUCCCUGGCAGAAAAUGAGAUUGCAGAUAUAAAUGAGGUUUCCUAUUUAUCAUGUUUACCAGAACUACAGCAACUUUCUGUGAUGAACAACCCAUGUGUUCUUAUGACUGCUUCCGUUCAAGGAUUUGAUUACCGACCAUUUAUUGUAAACUGGUGCCCUUUACUGGAGAUACUGGAUGGCUACACUGUCACAGAGAAAGAACAAUUAAAGGCAGAAUGGUUAUACAGCCAAGGUAAAGGUCACCAUUUCAAGGUUGGUCAGCACCUAGAGACCAUCCAGUACCUAGCCGCCGUAUGUCCCCUAACAGCUUCAGUGCAGCAGCGUGCAGUUAAUAGAAGAGGGAAAGUUAAAUCCCUUGUAUCCAGGUUGGAAUCAGCUGAGGAUGCUAAAUUAAGCCAGAUCUUGUCAAAACAACGCUACCAUCAGCAGCAACUGCAGACAUCACAAUAUCAGCCGGGGUACCAGCAGCAGACGUCACAACAUCAGCAGGGAUACCAGCAGCAGACGUCACAGCGGUCGCCGCAGCAACAACAGCAGCAGCACUGGAAUAUACCUGCCAAACAAUCGCCACCAGGUGGAGAUAACUCUAAUGUUUCUGAGACUGGUUCCCCUUCACAAAAUACACACAACAGACCAGUGAGGGCCUGGACAGUACAUGCAGAGAAUUCUGUCAGUUCUGUGCCAAGUCAGUCUUACGACAGAUCAACAGGUCAGCAUAUCAAUGAUCUAUCAGUUCAAGAUGUCACUUCAGAAGAUUAUGAGAAGCGAAGUACAUCGAGUUUGCUGGAUUCUGAGUCAACAUACAUCCCAGUAGGCAAAUCUCCAAUCACACCUGCUCGACCCAUGACCGCACCCUCAAACAACAUGUUCUCCGGACCUAUAACACAGCAUGUCCUUGACAUCCUGUCUCGAGGAGAAAACCGUCCAGCUACUGCCAUUGGCGAUAACAAAUAUGACGCUUACGAUAAACGACCUAUUAAACCGAUGAAUCCAGAAUUGUUUAAAGGCUUAUUUAAACCAGACUUUCAUGCUUCACAACCACAAAUGUCGGGAAAUGAACCUGUUGUGGGCAUUAAGAAAAAAGUUCCACCAACUGCGCAGGCAGUGGAUUGUGAUACAAGCCAAGAUACUUCACAAAUGGAUGAUUUGCCAAAAGAGAAUGUUGAACAUUUUUCAUCCAAAGAGUUAAGUCUUAUAAGAGACGCUGCUGCAAAGAAAGCGCGUAAGACUUCCUCGAGAUCUAAUCGUGAGGAUUCAAAAAGUUCAAAAACCAUGGAUAGAAAAAAGGAUAGACACGAUUCUGUUCAUUCACACUCAGGAAAUAAAACUUCUAUUCCCGUGGCAACUAAAUCUACUGUGUCACGAACUCAGUCGGAAUACGUUCCUGGUAAAUAUUCUGCUUCACGUCGCCCUGCGACUGCUGAGAGUGAUUCACGUAACAAGGGUAAAACUAUUAAAACCAUUCCAGAAAAAGUAAUUGGUUCCGACCGAUUAAACAAAAGUGAUAAUAAACGUGAUCAUGACAAUAGUUUACGUGACUCUGGAAUUUACUCACGACCCACAAGUGAUGCGGUGCUUGCAGAAGAUGUGAGAGCCCUUCAUGCAGCCACUAAGAUACAGAGUUUUUGGCGAGGUUACUACACUCGAGAGCAUAAUGUGGAUGCAGUACGUGUCCGUCGAGAAAUUCGAGCACGGAGAGCUGAGGAACAUAUAGUGGUGCUGCGUACAGAACUAGACAAACAGAGACAAUUGUAUGACCAGGAGCGUCAGCUGAGAACUUUGCAGCUUGAAGCUAUCAGACAGCUCUGGAGAGAGGUGCAAUCGUUGCAAAGUUGGAAGAGCGAAGUAUUACAGUCCCAGUCAUUUGUGUCACCUGAGAUUAAACGCGAGCAUGAUUGUAACUCUUACAACUCUAGUUUGGAGAUACAGAACACGUUAGCACGUGCAGAGAUGAUACAUCGUAUGGGAGACACGAUGGGAACUCAGUCCACAGUAGAUACAAGCAAACAGCGAGAACUCGAGAAAACAUGUCUUAACCUUCAGUCACAGGUGAGCCAGUUACAAGAAGCAUUGAAGUCUGUGUCUAGUAUAGUUCUACAGAGUUCUGGAGCAUCCAUGCAAGGUUCUGUAUCUGGUUCCCUGCCGGUCACACCUCGUUCUACUCAGUCCAUGUCUAGUUUGAGUACUACAGGGAACAUAACCAGAGAAUUUGACGAGGAGGAUAUUUUGGUGACGGGAGAUUUUGAUGAGUUUGAGAUCUCGGAUUAUGACUCGGGUUCUCAUUGGGGUGCAGUGCCACACUCCUUGUCACCCUACCCCUCGGAGGAAGAGGAGACCUACUUCAAGUCAGUGCCGCAACCUGGGUUUCCUACCCCACCCCGGGGUCUCAGACUGGAGAAUCGGGGACUAUCAGCCCUGGUUCUGAGGUGGCAAGCCUCUAAAAUACUGGACAGUGAAGGAAAGGAAGUCAGUAAACCUCUGCUUGGAUAUAGAGUUUUUGUGAAUGACAAACCAAAGGCAAUGAUAGCUGGAACCAAACAGAAAGCACUGAUAGAAGGACUGGAUCCAUCUCUGACAUACAAGAUAUAUGUGAGAGCAGUGUCAGAUCUUGGGGAGUCAAACAGUUCUGAUAUUGUCAUGGCAGCACUUUCUAAGGGGUCACGUCGAAGGUCAUCAAGUAGCGAUAGUAAUCGGUCAUAUGACAGUGAUCGUGAAUCAACUAGUAGUGAACGCAGAGUUCCUCAUAGAAAAGACUCAAGAAAAAGUCGUAAAACAAAGUCUCCGAGAUCGUCCAAGCAGGAGAGAACAAUUUCUAGUCAUAAACCGUCAGAAAAUACAACCGAGCGACCACCAUCAAAGAUGGAACUUGAGGCUGAGGGUAUAAUGACACAGCCGAGAAUGCACAAACAUCGUAGAACUCCAAGCAAAGAUUAUCAGAAUAGAGAGGAAAAUUUGAAACCGAAGGAAACACCACAAAGUCCGGUGUUACGAUCACCAAAACAUCAAGCACAGGAAUCUCAGGGGUUUAGUUUUGAUAGCAGAAGUAAAAGUGAGCAAAUAGCAGACUCUCAACAAAGUUUGUCAUCUACAUUUACUAUUGAUAGCCAAAAUUCUAUACUUGCCUUAAGCACAGGUGGCAAAUCUCUUGACAUUGACAACAGUGUUGACACCAAGGAAGACAAUGUUAAAGGUCAUCGGAGAAGACGUAGUCGUGAUAUGAAAAACGAAAAGUCUGAGACACGUGGCGAUAUAUCCGACAGUGGAUCAUCUGUAUCAAGUGCAAUUAUUUUAAGUAGAAAUAUUGAUAGUGCUGGUGAGAGAAAUCUUAGUGGGACAGAAAGUCCAUCGGUACGUCGUCAUAGAAAAAAAGACACCUCAGUGAAAGAUACGUCUCGUGAGGACAGUGACACUGGUAGUCUUCAUAGAAGUGAUAGUACUAGUAAAAGAAAUAGUGCAAAAAUCAGUCCUACUGCAGGAAGUCAGGGUGUGCCGGUAAUUGAUGGGCGAAGGCGGCAUGGAUCUGGCAGCAGACCAUCCAGCCCGGCACAGAGUGACGUGUCUGAGUCACGAUCAUCUGUAAAUGCAGGAGACAGACGCAGAAUGCCAAUGGCAGAUUUACUAGAACAAAGGUUUUCUGGACGUGUAGGUCAGAGUACGGGAAGUACAGCAUCGUCAACAGCAACACUGACACAGAGUCAGGUAGAUAGCAGCACCAGUGACCUGCCACCUCAGAUACCCCGCAGAGACAGCAAAUAUUCCAGUCUGGAAAAUCUGUCUACCAGAUCCUCGCAUGAUUACAAAAGCAGUCCAACAGAAAGAUAUUCUCCAACAGGAUCUGAGAGAAGACGCACAAGUUCAACGUGUUCUGAGAGUGAGAUACCAUCAAGUUCAUCAGCAGCACGUCAACUUGAUAUGGACACCAAAAAUUCAAGUACAAAUCCUGGAAAUACUGGCAUUGUGGCAAAAUUAUUGCAAAAAUUACAAAAUUUCUCAAAGUCACAAGAAGAAUCCUUGCAAACUACAAAAUACAAGCGUAAAUCAGGAGAAACAAAAGAUCCACCGCGGAAAACAAGUGGGGACAGUGAUAGUAGUGAAGUUGCAGCGGGUCAGGGUACAUUACAAAGUGAUUCCUCUGGGGCACACUCAGAUGACAGUCAACAAGUUGCCAGACCAUCAUAUAGAACACACAGAAGGACUGCGUCUGAUCACCGAGGAGUUCCUGUAAAAAUGUCUGAGCAGACGUCAUCUUCAUCAUCAUCACAUCGUCAAGAUCACAGCCCUGUUAUCAUGGACUCUAGUAAAACAUCCCCCGCCCCAUCCUCCUCUAGCAACAUUAAACGACAUGCAUCAUUUCACGGCAUCCUACCAUCUAAGAAAGAAGACCUUGUACGCAGUGGAUCAACAGAAAACCUGACAGUCGAGAAAGUUUCUUCAACAGUAACUGGAAAACAGCAAAAUAUUUUUUGGAUGUACAAAACAAGCGGACAGUUAUACCAUCAAGAUACGGAUAUCACAGUACCUACAACACCAACACGACGGCAUCGGAAUCGCUCGAGAUCACGUAGCCCCGGUCCUGCUUCACCUCAUGUGCCUAUCAUAUCUGCGGCCCAGUUACAGAGGAAUGCACGAGUACCUUCUACAGCAACAUAAACAUCACACCUGACUUGUCAACCAGAAUCGCACACCUGACUUGUCAACCAGAAUCGCACACCUGACUUGUCCACCAGAAUCACACACUCAGUUGUCAACCUUAACGAACAAAAAUCUAAAUGGCAUGCCAGAUUGGUCUGCUAUAUUAGCAUACAUUUAUAUAUAUGUAUAAAACAUUCUUCAGUGCAAGUUACUCGGCCGUUUUGAUGUAGUAGCUGUUGCAUGAUCUGUUCACCUUAUCUAGUAUACUAUAUUGACUCCUAUGCUAUUUUUGGGUUUAACUUCUAAAAUAGGUCAGACCCUAUUCUAUUAAUCCCAUUUACGAAUUGCAGAAAUUUUUCAAAAAUUUACUGUCGGCAUAGUUAAAAAUCUUAAAAACUUCAACACUGAAAUCCCUUUUAUUAUGUUGUUGAUACUGUAAAGAAAUCCACUUGUAGUUAUUAACACAAUAUAGUAGUUUUUUUUCGUAUUAAAGAAAUGAUUUCUUCCACAGAAAAAGUUUGUUUUUUUAAAUAUCCACUAGAGUUAAGCUUGACUGAAUUGUCCAUGAUUAUUUUAUCUACUGUUGUCAAGGUGAAACAGUUUUCUUCCUAUCAUUCAUUUUGAACAGGUGUGCCAAUAAUGCAUUUUUCAGAGGGGAAAAAGCCAGUUGCAUUUAUAUUUUGUGUUCAUUCUUCAUAGUUUACCAGUUUAGAUGCUGCUGUCUGUUGUCAUGGUUACAGAUCGUCUUUAGCUUUGCAUUUUCAUUUUAUUUCUAUUCAUUUUUGUAUAAUUUUGUCUGAACUAGAAGCAUUUAGUUGUAAGGCAUGAAGUCUUGACACUUUAAAUGUGAUAAACUUUCUGUGAUAAACAGUGAAGAUUUGUGAUGCAUUCCGUAGUCAUUGUGAUACCGUCCAUAAUUAUGCCCCCCUUCGAAGAAGGAGGGGUAUAUUGUUUUGCAGAUGUCGGUCGGUAGGUCUGUUGGUCGGUCGGAAUGUAGACCAAUCCGUUUCCGGAUGAUAACUCAAGAACGCUUGGGCCUAGGAUCAUGAAAGUUGAUAGGGAGGUUGGUCAUCACCAGCAGAUGACCCCUAUUGAUUUUGAGGUCUGUAUGUCAAAGGUCAAGGUCACAGUGACCCUGAAUAGUAAAACGGUUUCCGGAUGAUAACUCAAGACACUUGGGCCUAGGAUCAUGAAAGUUGAUAGGGAGGUUGGUCAUCACCAGCAGAUGACCCCUAUUGAUUUUGAGGUCAGUAUGUUAAAGGUCAAGGUCACAGUGACCCUGAACAAUUAAACGGUUUCCGGAUGAUAACUCAAGAAUGCUUCAGCCUAGGGUCACGAAAGUUGAUAGGCAGGUUGGUCAUGACCAGCAGAUGACCCCUAUUGAUUUUGAGGUCAGUAUGUCAAAGGUCAAGGUCACAGUGAACAGGAACAGUUAAAUGUUUUCCGAGCAAUAACUCUAGAAUGCUUGGGCCUAGUUUCAGGAAAAUUGAUAGUUAGGUUGGCCAUGACCAGCAGAUGACCCCUAUUGAUUUUGAGGUCAUUUGGUCAAAGGUCAAGGUCGCAUUGGCCAGGAACAGUUAAACAGUUUCUGAUCUUCUUGUCCAAAACCAUAGUGCCUAGGGUUUUGAUAUUGGGUAUGUAGCAAAAUCUAGUGGUCCUCUACCAAGAUUGUUCAGAUUAUUUCCCUGGGGUCAAAUAUGGCCCCAUCCCGGUUGUCACAUGGUUUAUAUAGACUUAUAUAGGAAAAAUUUUUGAAAAACCUCUUGUCCAAAACCACAGGGCCUAGGGCUCUGAUAUUUUGUAUAUGACAUCAUCUAGUGGUCCUCUACUAAGAUUGUUCAAAUUUUUCCCCAAGGGUCAAAUAUGGCCCCGCCCUGGGGGUCACAUGGUUUAAAUAGACUUAUAUAGGGAAAAACUUUGAAAAUCUUCUUGUCCAAACCACAAAGACUAUGGCUUUGAUAUUUUGUAAUAUAGCAUCAUCUAGUGGUUAUCUGCCAAGGUUGUUCAAAUUAUUUCUCUAGGGUCAAAUAGACCCCACCUCAGGGGUCACAUGGUUCAUAUAGACUUAUAUAGGGAAAAACUUAGAAUAUUCAUGUCCAUAACUUACAUCAUUCAAAUUUGGAUAGUUUUGAGUGGCAAGAUGAACCUUGACAUGAGUUGCCCUUGAUCUUGACCUAGUGACCUACUUUCACAUUUCUUUAGCUACAGCCUUCAGAUUUGGACCACAUGCAUAGGUUUGUGUACUGAAACAAACUUUGACCUUGUUAUUGACCUAGUGACCUACUUUCACAUUUUUGAAGGUACAGACUUCAAAUUUGGACCACAUGCAUAGUUUUUUGUUCCAAAAUAAAAUUUGACCUUGAUUUUGACCUAGUGACCUACUUUCACAUUUCUCAAGCUACAGCCUUCAAAUUUGAACCACAAGCAUAGUUUUGUGUACUGAAAUUAACUUUGAUCUUGAGAUUGACCUAUAGACCUACUUUCACAUUUCUGAAGGUACAGGCUUCAAAUUUGGAUCACUUGCAUAGUUUUGUGUUCCUAAAUAAAAAUUGACCUUGAUUUUGACCUAGUGACCUACUUUCACAUUUUUCAAGCUGCAGCCUUCAAAUUUGAACCACAUGCAUAAGUGAGCAUAUAAUUUGUUCCUUGUGCAAUUACUAAAUGCAUCAAGGGGGGCAUUUCGUGUUCGACGAGCUCUUGUUAACAAAUAUAUUUAUAAAAUAUUGCAAUUUAUGGAACAAAGACAGGCCUUCAUGCUUUAAGGCUUUGAUCCACUCUGUAAGACUGUUUCUUGUUCUGGACAUUACAAAUUUUAAAAUAGUAAUUAAAAAUACAUAGAGGUAAAACAGAUGCAAGAAAGUUGAAAAAAUAUUUGUCGGUUAAAUAUAUUGCCUUAGAAUAUCUUUUGCAGGAACUUAGGUUGUGAUUAUUUACAUGAAACAUUUUAACAUUGUGCCACUUUGAUAUUGGAAGUGGUUGUGUUUUCAUACCUAUAUAGUUGUCGGUGGUUCUACCCAGGUGCCUGCCUGUGAUGAAAUAAUGCACGGAGGGGUCUUUCUCCAUCAUUUAAGCUGGAAAGUCGCCAUAUGACCAAAAACUGUGUUUGGUGCAAUGUUAAAACCCAACAAAAACAAAACCUAUAUAGAUCCGCAUAUAUAAAUUUCAUUCUAUUUGAAGUGUCUUGAGGUGUGAAAUUCAGAACGUUGCAAAAUGUUCACACAGUUUAGCCAAACACAUUAAAAUGAUCUUGUAUCAAGUUGUAAGUAUGUGAUACAAGUUCUGAAAUUGCAACCACUCAAGUUAUUGUUGUUGUUUUUUUUUAUUGGAAAGCCAAUAUAAAGAUCAAUGAAGUUGGUGUGAAUAAACUGAAGACCUGGAAUUACUAACAUCCGUUUUGAUCAAUAUGUACUGCUGGUAGAGCUUAUUAAAAUGUAGCUGGAAUGCAGUUAAUGCAUCAUAAAUGUACUGUAAAAUUAACAUGUUCGUAAUUCAUGUAGAAAUAUUUUCUGGUGAAGUGAUAUUGCUGAUAAAUAGAUACACAAGAUAUAAAGUUAAUGCUAUAAACACUGUAACCGUUACCCUGCUAUAUUUCUAAAAUGGACUGGUCUGUCUUUCAAUUUGAGCAGUACCACUUAUUAUUCAAAGGGGUCUUCGAUGAAAAUUUACUGACUGAAUAGCAAAAAGUACAGACCAUGAUUAGCCUGGGUGAACUUACUCAUAGAACAUGGUGUUUUGUAAAAAAAUUAGCAAAAAACACUAGUGUAAGUCACGCAAUAGUGAAAUAAAAGAUUGAGAAUUUAGCUAUUCUUUUCAAGAUACUCCCAAAAAAUACAAAGUUUGAACAUACUGAUUUCUGAUCUGUAGCAUUAAUUUACACCAAAACCCGUUUUUAUUUUCUUAAUGAAGUUUGUUUGUCUAACAUGCAAUCUUCUGUAAUAGCUCGUUUCCUGCAACCAUUCUUUGAAUUAUAUUCUACAUUAAUACUGGAAUUACAUUUCAAGAAUAUUCCACAUUCUUUGAAUUGUACUCUAUACUAAAAUACAUGCAAAUGUUCAUUGUACAGUAUUUCCAAAAUCUGUUCUUGUUAGCAGUAGAAUUAGUAGCUUACUUCCAUGUAGUAAACUUCUAAGUUAAAUGGUGAUAGUUAUAUGUGAUAGAUUCUCUCUCAACGUACUGUUACUGAUACUGUUGUUUAUAUAUAUUCCCGUUGUAGCCUUACUUUUAAACUUUAUAGAAAUCCUUUAAGUUUUUGUUGUCUAUGUUGUUAUAUGUUGAAGAAGUGAACAAUUCAAAAAUACUCUGUAUUUUUUACUGUCAUACAAUAUGUACUUGUAUAUUAUGGGACUUUAUGUUAAGAGAGUUAUAUGUCUGUACUUAUGUUUGUUUAUAUUCUGUUCUACUAUUUACUGGCUGGCGUGGAUAGAUUGACAGUUUUGUAGUAUGCCUUUUUUAUUCCUUUUUCAUACAAGACUAAUUUCCAGUAAAAAUGGUUUCUUUUAUAUUUUUUCAGUAACAUAUGCCUUUCAGAAACUUGCCUAACCACUCGUCACAUUUUUCUUCAUUUUUGUUUUCUGUCUCAUUUAAUAGGAAUACUUCUGUAAAAAUAGAUAAAGACUUUUAGGAUAAAAUUGUCAGUGUAUCGCAUACCAGCUGUAAAUGAUUCUAAGAAUGUACAUAUAUAUAUUGGAAGUAUAGGAGCUGCUACCAUAUGUUGCUAUAUUUCAUGAAGCAUUUAUCAUUAUAUUGCCAGACAUGUAUGAGCUAUGGGGAAAAUAUUAAAAUAUGGCAAAUUG